CAUUGAGUUAUUAUUUUGUUUUUCAGCUGUUCCAAACUUCCUUAACAGUUUCUUAUUGUUAAAAAACUCUCUUUCUUAUUUUUCGCAUAUUAUAUUAUGAAUAUAGAAAAGAACUUAGAGUUUUUUGUACAUAAAGGAAGAUAGCUACAAAACUAACAGUCUUAAGAUUUUACGACUGUAAAAAGGUUAUCAUACUAAGACGAAGAAAAUUAUUUCUUUAGAAGGUUUUUUAUUUUGCACAAUGAACAGUGAGGAGACGAGAGCUGAAAGACUGGCAACAAAAAAUAAAAUUUUUAAGAUGAUACGAAGACUAGGUGAGUUUGUAUAAAUGAUUUUCCGUGCGACGUAAUCUUUUGAUUUUGCGUUAAGAACAAUAUGGAUAUGUGCACUCAUUCCAGUAGGUAGAAAUCCUAAAGGACAGACAACAGAAGUCAAAUGAAAAAUGGAAUAUUCGCUUGACAUUGAUAAAAUAAUUUGUAAAAAAAAGAAUAUAGUUUAUAAAAAUUAAUAUCGUGCCUUUUGGAUCUUGCUUCCAAAAAAUCUGUAUAAAUUUCAGUAAUCCAUUUUACCAUUUUACCAUAUAAGCAGGACUGCUUAUUUACCUACAAGGAUGCGCAUGUACAAGACCCAUAAACUUUCGAAGACUUUGGCAAGUUAUAUACGCUUGCGUAAAUAUAAGUAACGGCUUCAGCCUGAUCUGUAAUACAAACAGUCGUAACAUAAGUGCAAGUUUCGCAAAACUGUGAACAUCGUUUCUGUGACAUUUAGCUUUGGUUUUGGUAGAAAAACAAUUGGGCAUGUAUUUGAAUACUUGAAAAUUGCAUCCAAACAUAUAUUACUGUCGCUUUUUCUUGGACAGUUAUACGUGUUUUACAAAAACCUACAACCUUUAACAAAAUAUACUGAGACAGGUCGGACAAUUUCGAAGUUCGCCCUAACAAGUAGUCAUCUUUGUACUAGAUUCACGCAAUUUGAACUUGUUUACAGCGGACUUACGACUUAGGAUAUUUCGUUAGAUAUCUAUCCAAAUGUGCUAAUUGUUGACGUCAGCAUGGUCAUUUUUCUUAUAUUUCGGGUUCUUUUUUGGUCAGAACGGGCGCAAUUUAAACGCUGCUUACCAACCUACGUAUCUGUAAAAAAAAGUACAUACGCAGCCGGCAGGAUUUGCAAAUUGAUGAUUUUUGACAACUUUGUGAAAUGAACAAAAAGUUCCAUUGUCUCAAUAUUUCAAGCGAGGGAUUGUAAUUUAUAAAAACGUAGAGGCUAAGAUUUUGCAAAAAAAAAUUAAGAACGUACUCAGCUUGAAUUCCCUUAUAGAUUAUUAUAAAAACAAAACAAGAAGCCCAGGGGCUUGAAGAUUUCCGCCAUUAUCCUAAAACAUUUGAAAUUUAAAGUAGACCUUGAAUGAAAACGAAGAAUUAUGGGGUACACAAAAAUCAUUGAGUAUUCUCAAUUAUUAUUGUAACUAACCUGCAAUGUUAAAAUACAACACAAUAAGUAACUAAAAUUUUCUUACAUAGCUAUAUGAAGUAUUCGAAAAUAACAUUUUAAUUGUCUAUUUUUAAAACUGAUAAGAAAAAUUCUGGAAAUUCCAGAAAACAAAUGUUGUAGUGCAUAAACUUGACAAUUCCAAUUUAGACCUUUAGAAUUUACUUUCUUAUUAAAAAUUUUUUGGAAAUGCUGAUGGUGCAUGGUUUAAUAACAGCUGAUCUGAAAAAGAAAAUACUUUUUAAAAAUGAGAAACAAGAAUACAAUUUUACCAUAAACUGCAUUGAAACCAGAUUGUUAUGAUUUUGAAACCUGGGGACAAAAGAAGAUUUAUUUUUUUAAAAUCGAUUUAUUGAACUCAACAAAUUUGAUUUUUUUUUUUGAUUUGAAUUCUCAAAUUUGAAUUUCUUUCAAGGAGUUGGAUUAGUUGCGAUUUUUAUUUUGAGGAAACUGAUUGGUCAUUGUUUUGUUAGAAAAACUGGCAAAUUGAAUUCAACAAGUUGAAACAAAAAGGGUAAACACACAAUUAAUAAAUUUGCAGAUUUAAUAAUGAUGAACAAAUUAGGCACUCAGGGAGAACUGAUAAUUAGCCAGUAACAGAAUAGUUAGCCGUUUUCAAUGGCAUGGUAGCUUAGUGGUUAUAACUCUGGCAUUUUUCUCCGGGAGCACGAGAUUCAAUUCCCCCUGACGCAAUUUUUCUCGCAUGGUUUGGGUCAAUCAAAGCCAUGUGAGAAAAAUUGGGGAAAAGCCACACAGUGUGGGCUGUUGGAUGUUGCAGGAAAUUGUCUGUUAGAGCCCGAACCCUACGUGGGUCUGCUUAGCUCUAUGCAAAAUAAUUAUAGAUAUAUAUAUAUAUAUACAGUGUGUACAGCAUAAGUAGCUGCUCAUGCAACUACUUAUACAAUAGAUAUAUCUUUUUUCUUCGUUCUCGAUCUUUCUAUAGCCAUCUAUAUUUAUAUAGAUGGCCAUAACGUAGCGCCUAAUUAUCUUUCAUCGGCUAACUAUAUAUUUUGUUGCAGGCUAAUCAACAGUUCCCCCUGACAGCUAGGUGCAAGCAAAAAUAAAAUUUUGCCACGUUUCGACAACUUUUCUGUAAAAAAUAUAAAAAAAUCCUGUGCGAAUGCAUAUCUUUUUAUGUGAUAGAAUUACAAGGGCGGCGCCACUAGGGGGUGGGGGGGCUGGGAAGAUUCAGCCCCCUCCCCCCACACACUUUUUUGCUAAGUGAUAAUUUUUUUUUUCUGCCAAUAAAUAUCUUUAUCACUGCAUGAAAAUUGAUUUUAUCUAACUAGGGAAUCUGAUGGUUAUCUUGCUUUUAAGACACUAAAUAUUCGUUGGCUUCCAAGGCCUUCGUCCCUGGAUCCCACCAGGAGGCUUACAGCGCCCCUUGGAACUCAGCUGUUUCGGCAACCCGCUUCGUUCUAAGUAACUUCACGACUAUAAAAAUUGAGAUAGCUAGCUAGUUAGCCAGCACACUUUUUUCACUUAGCUAUAUAUAAAAUGAUUCCUACCUGAUAAAAUACACGAAUUUUAAAGAAUAGUGUUUAGCAUCCCAGCUACAUCAAUUCAGCUAUAACAUACGACCAACCAUACCAGCAAGAGACGUCCUGCAUCAGCUGUAAUCUUAGACGCUGUUAUAAAAAAAUAUACAACACCCAGUAAGUCAAACCUCCCAAGCGAUUAAUAAAAUUGUGCGACUCAACGGCGGGUUUCUUAUAAACAACAUUGAUCAAACCGACCGAUAUCGAUUGAAGCAAACGUAGGCUAGGCUUUUGCUUAGUCCUUACGCAGUGGGAAAGUCAUGAAUUUUUGAAAAAAAGAAAGGUGCUGAAACGGCUUGAUCUUAUAGGAAAUGCAAUCAGAAAAACUGAUCUACAAUCAUGGACGAAAUUAGUGAAACAAAGGCAGUUUUUUUGUCAUUUUUUUAAACACCGACAAAAGGAUGAAGAGGAUUGUCAGUACCCCUUAUUUUUGCGCACACGUAGGUCCGGGUCAGUGGUCUAUUUUUUCCUCAGAUCUUAGCGGGUUUCUUGCCCCCACUCCUCCCUUCAGCUCGAAUAGGGUUUAAAUAUUACAAUUAAACAAAAGAAGCUUACACUGGCGUGGUAAAACUCAUUUUCCAAAAGAGAAAAGAAUAGGAAAUUCAAUGCCAUGUGGAUUUUGCAUUCUUGAAUUUUUCUUCCACCUCUGGUUCAUAAGUUUUAAAUGUUUCUAUAUUUUUUUUAGCUUUUACGACAUUAAGGGUUGAAAGUUAAUUUUAUGCAAAAAAAUCAAAGCAAACAGAGUUUCUUUUUCCUUUUAAGAAAAGAUUUCUUUUUUUAUAUACAAGAAGACAUUAUUUGGUCUCUUUCCGUCUUAGGCAUUGUCCAAGUUUGGAUUGGUUUGUUCGUUUUAUGUUUGUGUAUCGCAAUAAGAGAAUCGAUUUCAGAACCCCACUGGUUGCAUUGGAGCAGAGCUGAUUUCAGUGUUUGCAUACUAAUAAUAAUAACAGGUUCAAUUGGAAUCGCAUCUGGAAUACAUCAAAUAAGUCCAAUGCUCAAUGGAACUUUUAUGGCAUUAAGCAUACUUUGUGCGUUACUGUCUCUGUUAUUUGCCAUAAAAAGUGGAUUUAGUUUAAGGUACGUAUCAGACAAUUGGUUCUUUGAUGUUUCAAGUGGAAUGCUGGUACAUACCUCGUUAUUUGUCACUCUUAUCUUUGAAGUUAUUCUUUCAAGUAUUGCUGCUUCCUAUUGCUUUAAUGCAGCGAAUGGGUGUUUUCGACGCACCGCACAAGACUUUCGCCCGGUAUACAUAUCCGAGCAUUGCUAUCUCGUAAAUCCUCAGCACAAGCUAUCUGACCAGAUACCACUUUAAAGACACAGGCGACGGCUAUUGCUACAAAGAAUAUUACGAAAGUGAUACACAGUAACAAAACUUGUUAUAUUUGAAUAAGUAAUCCUGCACAUUAUCUUCCCAAGUGCUGCAAAGAUGAUGGACCGAGUGGGACUUGAACCCACGACCUUUCGCUUGCCGGGCAAUUGCUCUACCGACUGUGCUGUCGAUCUCCUUUCCUAUAAAACUUGUUGUGUUUAUUUGUUUGUAACAUUGAAAAAGUUGUUAUUACUUUCUACUUGAUGAAAACACACAGUCAGUCAUUGCUUCUUUACUGUUUUGAACCAAGCGGUAAGAAGGUAGAAAUGGUAGGUCUAAAUUGUUUGGCCCUAAAAUAUUAGCAGAUUUUUAUGACCAAUAAUUUUCCUAUUGAAAAUCUGCUUGUAAUCACUCAGAUUUAAAAAGAAGGUAAAACGUUGUUAUUU